GUGACUCUCCACUGUUGGGGGAGUCAGAGAAGAAACACCUCGUUAUGGACAGCUUGGAGGAGGACACGGUGAAGGUGCCAUUUGGGACAAAGUAUCUGGAUGCUGCCUUGUGUUCCCCUGCCUCAGUAAAAGAUGUUCAUACAGCCGUCAUUCUCACACAUGGGGCGGGUGGAGACAUGAACUUCAAACAUCUGGUUUCCUUGGCACAUGCGCUGGCUUCAGAUGGCUGCCUUUGUCUCCGUUUCACAUGCAAAGCUUUAAACUUGGGUUAUAGAGUGAAGGCUUACCGUGCAGUGUGGGAUUACUUGAAAUCCCUACAGAAGUUUACCAUAAAGCACAUAUUCAUUGGAGGCAGGUCAAUGGGAAGUCGUGCAGCUGCAACUUUAGCCAGGCAGCUGAGUGAUGAACCAGAGGACGCAGUGCAGGGUGUCAUCUGUCUGUCUUUCCCCCUGCACCCCCCAGCACAGACACACGCCCAUCGGCAGCGCAGUGAAGAUCUCAGGGGGCUACCUGAACGCAUGCCUGUACUGUUUGUGUCAGGCACUGAGGACAACAUGUGUGACCGGGUGAGGAUGGCUGACUGUGAUUUCAGAAAUCAGAAAUCAGAAAUCACAUGCAGUUAA